AAGGUUGCUUUGUUCAUUCGCAUUUUCCGCCAUUUUUAGUGUCGCAGCAUGUCGGUUGCUCCACCUCAGUCAACUGUUUCUGGUGGGUUCGACACAAAUUCUGCUUUUGCGGAUGCGCUUGAGAGAGCUCGACAGAUAGCAGCAAAGAUUAAUCCUGGUGGUGGUGAUACUGGUACCACUGGUGGAACAAAGCGUCCUCUAGAAGACAGUAUGGAUCUUUUAUCAGAUGGUGGUUCUGAUCCUAAAAAGCUAGCAACAAUGAAAGAUCCCAUUGGUGCCCAGUUAGCUGCCAUUCAUCAGCAAAGAUCUAUGCCUGGUUCUAAUGCAGUUACUGUAGAAGAAUGGAAAGUUCCUGAUAAAAUGGUUGGUUUGCUUAUUGGAAGAGGUGGGGAACAAAUCACUAGGCUACAGGCUGAAUCAGGGUGCAAGAUUCAGAUGGCAGCUGAUAGUGGAGGUUCUCCCGAUAGAGCGUGUACAUUGACAGGAUCCAGACAGUCCAUAGAAAAAGCAAAAGAAUUAAUGACUCAAAUCAUCAACAGAGGAGGACCACCUCCUCCAUAUGUGGAUAUUAACCAAGUACCUGAAGGGCAAGUGGUGAUUGACAUGAUGAUCCCAGGGGGAAAAGUUGGCCUCAUUAUAGGAAAAGGUGGUGAAACCAUUAGACAGCUACAGGAACGAGCUGCUGUGAAAAUGGUUAUGAUUCAGGAUGGCCCCCAACAAACUGGGAUAGACAAGCCACUCAGAAUUACUGGGGAUCCUUCAAAGUGUGAGUUUGCCAAACAAUUAGUGAUGGAUCUAUUAACAGAAAAAGAAAUUGAGAAUGUUAACAGAGGAGGUGGUGGUGGCUUUAUGGGAGGAGGGCCUCCAACAAACGAAUAUGGAUCUGUACCCCCUGGUACACAAGAGAUCUUGGUACCAAGGCAAGCUGUCGGAGUAGUCAUAGGAAAAAGUGGAGAUAUGAUACGACGAAUUCAACAAGACUCUGGUGGAGCUAAAGUUCAGUUCCAGCAAGGGAAGGAUGAUGGACCCGGAGACAGAAUAUGUUUAGUCAGUGGAAAUCCGGAGCAAGCGCAGAGGGCUGCAAAUAUCAUACAUGAUCUAAUUCGUAGUGUCCUGCAGAUGAGAGAUCAACAGAAUAUUGGUAGGGGGCGUGGUCGUGGCCGAGGAUACGAUGGAGGCCCGGGAGGUCCACCAUUUGGUCCACCAGGUCCAGGAAUGGGCAGAGGUCGACCUGAUGGUGAUAUGCAGGAAAUUAGCUACUCUGUUCCUGCAAAUAAGUGUGGUCUUGUAAUAGGAAAAGGUGGCGAAACUAUAAAGGGGAUUAAUCAACAGAGUGGUGCACACGUUGAACUGUCAAGAGGCCCACCCCCUAACCCUCACGAAAAAGUGUUCAUUAUACGAGGAGCCCCACAACAGAUUGAGCAUGCACAGCAGUUGAUUAAUGAAAAAAUUGGGGGACCUGGCAAUACUAUUCCAAAUGGGGGUCCUCCUGGACCAAAUGGACCAGGACCUGUGCCAGGACCUUAUCCAACACAGUACCCACAACAUUACCAACAACAACCAGGACCACCAAGUCAACAAUAUGCUCCUCAAGGAUGGGGUAAUGCUUACCAACAUUGGCAGAACCAACCAGCAGCUCCAAAUGAUCCCACGAAAGCUGCUGCUGAUGCAAAUGCUGCAGCAUGGGCUGCUUAUUAUGCUCAGUUUUAUAACCAACAACCACAGGGACAGCCUCAGCCCCAAGGCCAGCCUCAACCCCAACCACAGCAGCCACAGCCUGCUCAACCACAAGCUCAACAGCAACCCCAGCCUGCAACUACGGCAGGUGGACAGCCAGAUUAUAGUGCAGCCUGGAUAGAAUAUUAUCAUUCCCUAGGGAUGCACCGAGAAGCAGAGAUGAUUGAGCAACAGGCCCGUGCCAACCAACAGGUUUACUUUUUUUUUUUUUUUGUAUUGAACUUCAGUGUAGUAGUUCUUAGUAUUAUUUGUCAAGCCGAGCAAAAGUACCCUGCAAUGUUAGGCUUUAAUACGACAAACAGGGGGUGUGGUCUUCUUUCUACCACUAUUUUAGAACCAUUCAUCUGA